UAGUCUGCAGUUAUGUUCUGGCAGACAGUUUUAGUCGUAGGCUACACAGUGUAUGAGUUGUGUUUGUAAAUAGUUUGUGUGAGAGUGAUAGUGAUAGUUUUACAGUUUUUAUAGUUUGAUGUUGGUGUCGGUGCCUAAAAUCCAAAAUAUUUAUUUGUAUAUAAUGACUUUUUAAAUAAUUCAUUUUAAUUUCAAUGAUAAAAAGGAUAUUAUGAAAAUAACCCAUAUAUCUAAUGCUCUGAAUUCUGCAUACACUAUAGAAAUUGGGAGCCCUGGUGCUAUGAGGCAACCAGUGGUAGCAGUGCUGUUCAUCUCUCUCCUCACUCUUCUCGGUACAUCUCAAGGAAGCCCAGCAGGGAUCCAAGGAUGGAACCUGACAGAUCUAAGGAUGUGGCAGGAAUAUGCCCUGCUGAGCAGUGAGACGGAUGUAGACGAGAGCCCUGUACUGAUGGUAACCAAUGGCUCCCAGGUGCACCAACUGCCAGGGUUCAAUGAUGAGCGAAUGGAACAGCAAACUAUGGAGGCUUUUCGGAUGCUUAAGAUGAACUAUUCUCACCUGAUCAAGAGUAUAGAUGCUGGUUCUCGUUCAGGAAGACACUUGCCUCGAAUCGUGGACAAGGCCUUGAAACUGAUGAACCUGAAGCAAGUCGUUCAGGAGGUUGAGACCAGUGUCAUGUCCAAAAUGUCCUGCACCGCUUGCAAGGCAGGCGCUGGUCUGCUGCAACACUACAUUCGAGCCGGCAAGACAAGGGAUGACAUCGUAAAGAUCACCUAUCAGUUUUGUGUCAGUCUCAAGUUACAGACUCCCAGAGUGUGUGAGGGCAUCACAGAGCUGUUUGGGGGGGAAGUGGUGUAUGUGCUUAAGAGGUUAAAGAUCGGUCCUGAAGAGAUCUGCAGCUUUGUUAUUGGCGACGCCUGUGGAGAUGUGGACAACCCGACACACGAGUGGCAGGUGGUGUUCCCACCUGUACCCAAGCCGCCAAUCCAACCUCCUGUACCUCCAUCGGCGACUGCAGCUACGUUCAAGAUCCUCCACAUCUCGGACACACAUUACGAUCCUUACUACCAGGAGGGGACCAACGCAGACUGCAAGGAGCCGUUGUGCUGUCGGCUCACUAACGGGCCCGCUCCCUCACCUGCCAUGGCGGCGGGGCGAUGGGGUGAUUACCGGAAGUGUGACUCGCCCAAGCGCACAGUUGACCACAUGCUGCAACACAUUGCUAGUACACACCCGGACAUAGAUUACAUUCUAUGGACGGGGGAUUUACCACCUCACGAUGUCUGGAAUCAGACUCGGGAAGAGAACUUGAUGGUGCUAAAACAAACAGUGGAGCAGAUGACUCAGCUGUUUCCGGGAAUACCUAUCUUCCCAGCUCUGGGAAAUCACGAAUCAGCUCCAGUUAACAGUUUUCCGCCUCCGUUCGUCCACAAUGACUACAGUAUCGAGUGGCUGUACAACGCGCUGGACGUGGAGUGGCGCAAGUGGCUGCCGGCAUCAGUGUCUCGUACAGUGCGCCACGGUGCGUUCUACAGUGUGCUCGUGCGGCCAGGGUUCCGCAUCAUCUCCCUAAACAUGAACUACUGCAACAACAAAAACUGGUGGUUGCUGUUGAACAGUACAGACCCAGCCAAGGAGCUGCAGUGGUUCAUCUACGAGCUGCAGAGUGCAGAGUUCAGCGGAGAGAAGGUCCAUGUGAUAGGACACAUACCACCCGGCCACAGCGACUGUCUCAAAGUCUGGAGUCGAAACUACUAUGAUAUCAUCAACAGAUAUGAGUCAACGAUAACAGCACAGUUCUUUGGUCACACCCAUUACGAUGAGUUUGAGCUAUUCUACGACACCAAGGACCUCGGCAGGGCUGUCAACAUCGCCUUCGUGGGACCGUCGGUCACACCUUACGCUGACCUCAAUCCUGGCUACAGAAUAUACUACGUAGACGGCGACCAUGACAAGUCUACCAGGAUGGUGGUGGAUCAUGAGACGUGGAUCAUGAACUUAAAAGAAGCCAACCUGUACGAUUACCCGAUAUGGUACAAACUGUACAGCAUGCAGUCAGCGUUCAAGAUACCCUCCUUGUUGCCACAAGAACUGGACAACCUGGUCAACAAGAUGGCUGAGAACCAGACUGUCUUUGACCUGUAUUACAGAUUCUACUGGAAGAACUCACCCGUGCGGCCGUCGUGUGAUGCCGAAUGUAAGAAGCGUCUGAUCUGUGAUCUACGCUCAGGGCGAUCCCACGAUCGGAAGACAUUGUGUCAGGAGAUCGAGAGCCGCAUUGAUGCCAACACGAAUGUCGGUUGGCGGGCCUGGUUCUACAACGGCUUUGCAUUAUCGAUGUCCGUGAUCAUGGCAAUUCCUGCACUGACCUACCAAAUCCCCAAGUUUGUGAUGGGCUUUGGCUAAUGCACUUCACCACUGC